AUGUCGGAGGAGAGAGGUCGCGUUGGAUCCUAUCUGCAAAACCCUGAGAAAAAGCAGACUGGAGUCCCAGGAGUGGUGAUCCGAAAGGCUGGUGCCCAAAAGCCCAACUCAUGGAUCCAAAAGGUUCUUCAACAGAUUGUACGGUCACCUGGCAUGUGUGUGAGCCCCUCUGAGGUGGUGCCCGUCACCGUACUGGCAGUCCAGAGGUACCUGUUAGAGUACGAUCGCCGGGACACGCGGCCGAAGCCUCCCGUUUACUGCUACGAUGUGACCAUCUCCGACGGCGUGUACCAGGAAAAGUGCUGCCUCGAUACCAGUCUCAACUGUCUGGUUCGUCAGAAUAUUCUUAAAGUUGGCAUCAAAAUGAGCAUUUCUAGAGUGUCGUGUCUUUACAACGAGGAAGAUUUAGGCCAGGGGAUCCUUUGCAUCGACGGCGUCCACUGCGGGGAGGCGUUAGAUGAUAUUUCUCUCGAAGAAAUUCCCUUCCGAAACAGCGAGCACCAGAAGAAACCCGAGCGGCCUUUGAGGGGCGAGCACAGUCAUUAUUUGGCUUUGUGGAAUAAUGAAGAUCCCUACGGAGACAUCUGGCUAACCAACAAGCAACCUGAAGACUACAAUUUUAAACAUCUGAAACUAAUUUCUCUUUCUCAUCUUGAAAUGACCUGGAGUACAAGAAAAUAUUUCCCUGCCUUGCUUGUAAGGAUCUUGUAUAAAUCAAAACUGCGAUACUAUGGGAAACCUCAUAAGAAGGUGACUGAGCCAUACCAGAGUUUUCUGGAAAUUGCCGACUGUUCAGGCACUGUUACAGCAAUUAUGUGGAAUGAUCUGUGUCCUCAGUGGUAUAAAAGUUUGAGAACUGGAUUAGUUCUUCUGCUUCAAGCAUAUUCUGUUAAAAAGAGCUAUCCAUUCCGGAUGCAGCCUUCUCCCGUGAAUCCAAAUAUCAAAAUAAUUUCUUCAAUGGAAAUCAACCUGAAUAUUCGAGAUCCUCCAACUAAUAUAAUUAUCAUUCCAGAAUAUCAAGUGAAACCAGAAUGGGGAUUGCCAAAACUAAAUCAUCGAUUUAUUACCAGAAAAGAACUGGAAGAUAAGCCAAGAAAUUAUAUCUGUGAUGUGAUUGGCAUUUUAUCUUUCGUAGGAAGGGUCCAGCGGUCAAAAAAGAGAGAAAAACAUGAAGAUUUUUGGUCAUAUCGCUGGAUUCACAUUGCUGAUGGAACUUCAGAACAACCAUUUAUAGUGGAACUCUUUUCUACAUCUCAGCCAGAAAUCUUUGAAAAUAUUUACCCAAUGGCUUAUUUUAUGUGUACACAGUUGAGAGUUGUCAGAAAUAACAAUGUAGUACCUAGACUGCUUUACCUCACCACUACAAAUGAGAGCCGAGUGUUCCUUACUGGUCAGAGAGGCCAGCCAUAUGCCUAUGAAGCUAAAGUUAAAAACUUCAUUCAAUGGGUUAAAACAAAGACUGAUUCUGAGAAACUAAAGAAUGCUGUUAUUGGUGGAUACUACCCCUAUCCACCAGUACCAUCAACAUUUUCCAAGUAUAGUUGUUCUUCUAAAGUUGACUCACUCUUGACGGCUAUAAGUGAAGUGAAGAAGGUGAUAGAAGACUUGCAAUACAGGGAACAAAAGCGCAUUGCCAUUCAAGGAAUAAUUACUGCUAUAAAGUACAUCCCCCAUAGCUAUGCGAAUAAAAGCACCUCAGCACUGGUAACACCUCUGAAAAUUAGCCAACUUUCACCAUCUCAAGCAGCUCCAGAACAAAGUCAUAAUGAGGAAGUAAGAGGUAAACAGCAUGGAAGGGGUAGGCUGGCACAUUCUCAGAAUUUUCAAACUACAUCUACAAGUUUGAGUCCUAGCAAGAAGAAAAGAAUUCUUCAAGCCCCAUGUGGCAAACUAAUUGCUGUACCUCAGCGAGAAGCUUCUUCCCAAACAAAUGGAAAUAAACUGGGCACAUCAGGCAUGGUCCAAUGCCCAAGAAGUACCAAUACUGAUACCACAGGAAAUAUCAGAUUCAUCAAGGAUAGGUGGGAGAGUCAGCUGUUGAAAGAGAAAAGGCCUAGCUUAAAAGACCACUUGAAGUACAGCUGUGUUUACCCAGAAAGUAUUCCACGGAAAUUCAUUUUAGAACACAAAAAGUUUCUUACUCAGCAGUAUAAUUCUCAGCCUUCCAAGUACAUACCACCAGAAGGAAAGCCUCCAAAACUUCAGGAAUUUAAGAGUGCCCGCAGCCUUGGACAUUUUGAAGUAACCAUCCUAGGUCUGAACCAUGAAAUAGCAAUUGAUGUUGCAUUCCUACCCAUGUUUUGUCCAGAAGAUGUUCAAACAUCUCAAGUAGACACAUUGUUGACCUGCAUGAAUUACAGCUGUGUGUAUCCAGUAGCAACACCUGUCAAUGAACGAACGCUGAGUCCCAGAGCACUGGCAGGUGAUAUUAUAAAAGCAGCAGCUGAAUUGGAUAGAGUCCACAUCAUUGGUAUCUUAGAUAUCUGUAAUUUGGGUAACAAUAAAGUAGAAGUCUGUUUGCAGAAAAUUUAUUCUCCAAAAAAUAUGCCUUAAAAAGUGACAAAUGAUAGUAUUACAGAGUAUAAAUAUUUUU